GGAACAAUGUUCCCAAUCAUGGCAUGCCAGGAAGAAGAUAUUACCUUUGCAGAAAAUGAAUUUCUAGUACGGGAUGAUGAUAUCUUUAAUAUCACAUAUCCUAAAUCAGGAACCACGUGGGUAAUAGACAUUUUAAGCCUGAUCAAGAAGAAUGGAGACCCAACAUGGAACAAAACUGCUCCCAAUUGGGAAAGAGUACCUUGGAUAGAAAACAAUGGUAUUGCUAGGAAACUGCAAGUGAGUGAGGAAAAGCCACGUCUUAUAACCACUCAUUUGCAAAGGCACCUUUUUGUAAAAUCAUUCACUGGCUCAAAAGCUAAGGUUAUAUAUACAAUCAGAAAUCCCAAGGAUGUUGCUGUCUCCCUCUACUAUUUUUCCAAAAUGAGCUCAUUUUUCGACGAUCCUGGAGAUUUUGAUCAGUUCGUUAAAGUAUUUUUAACAGAAGAAAUACCCUAUGGAUCUUGGUUUGAACAUGUGAAGGGUUGGAUGGAGAUGUUUGGAAAGGAUAAUUUCAUGAUACAGACCUAUGAGGAUCUCCAAACAGACCUGCGGGGAAGUGUAAUAAAGAUCUGUACAUUUUUGGGAAAGGAGUUAGAUGACAAAGCUGUGGAUUCUGUGGUUGAAAAUGUUUCAUUCCAGAGCAUGAAAGAGAACCAAAUGUCCAAUUUCAGUUUGGUGCCCAGUGAGUUCAUGGACCAAAUGAAAAGCCCAUUCAUGAGGAAAGGAGUGGCUGGCGACUGGAAGAAUCAUUUCUCCGUAGCUUUAAAUGAAUCUUUUGACAAGAUCUACAAGAUGAAAAUGCAGGACCUCAAAGUAAAGUUUCCCUGGGAUAAGAACUUAUAA